UAAAAUGAAACGUGGAGGGGCGCGCGCGCGCGCUGACAGUAAUAAAAGCGAAAGAAAGAACUAAAACAAAAAAAAUACCAAAAGCAAAGGGAUAGAAAGGGGGAAUGAAAGGAAGUGUGUGUUUCCUCUGCGGUUCUCUCCCAUUUCUUCCAAAUCCAAACUACAACUCUUUCUCUUCUUCCUCCGAUUCCAUUUCUAAACGUAGCUUGAUUCAUGCUCAAACUCAUCACCAAGAGAUUCGCGUUUGCACCAAUCGUACUUGCCGUCGUCAAGGUUCCUUUCACGCUCUCGAAAUUCUCAACGCCCUAGCACCUCCCAACAUUGUCGUCAAUCCCUCCGGUUGUUUAGGAAAGUGUGGCGCUGGCCCUAAUGUUGCUGUUUUGCCCGAUGGAUUCGUCGUCGGCCAUUGUGGCACACCUGCUCGGGCUGCCGAUCUUAUCAUUCAAUUAUCUGGUCAAGACUCAGAUUCUGUUGGUAUCUCCAAGAGUUUGGAGGCUCUUGCUCUGAGGAAGAGAGCUCAAUGUGAGUUGGAGGACGGGAAUUUCUCCCAGGCUGAGCUACUUCUUUCGCAGGCGAUAGAUUUAAAACCAUGUGGAGGUAUCCAUAUAAUAUUCAAGGACAGGUCCAUCGUAAGAUUGGCACUGGGGAAUCACUCUGGCGCCCUUGAAGAUGCAAAUGAAGCUCUAAGAGUAGCUCCUCAAUAUCUAGAGGCUUACAUUUGCCAAGGGGACGCAUUUUUAGCUAUGGACCAUUUUGACUCGGCUGAGAUAUCAUAUUCAACAGCUUUAGAAAUUGAUCCUUCAAUUCGUCGUUCAAAGUCAUUCAAGGCGCGAGUUGCUAAACUUCAGGAGAAGCUCAGUGCUGUGAGAACACAAUAAACCUGAGAUGUAGGUCAAGGAAGAAAGGUGUGCUUCUCAUGCUGGAAUAACAUACUGUUAAGUAUUAACUCCAAGAAACCUCUUUGGGAAAUUUAUUUUUCAAGUAAGUGAAUCUAUUUUAUUUUGGAGAAGUGCCUCUUUGGUAGAUAUGCUGUCCCAAAGUUUUAAUUUAGCCAACAUCUCUCAGUGUUGAAAAAUAGGUUUCAAAUGUCUCAACGACAUUAAUUAGGUUCUUUAAUUAUUAUUUAAAACAUUUUUAAACUUAAAAAAAAUAUUUCUCUCUUCCUUUCAACACUAUAUGCUUUUUAAUUCAUUCAGAAAAAUACUAACUAAGAUUAACAGAAUCAAAAUGAAUGGGAAAUAGAUUAGGGAAUCAAUGUUGAAGGCAUAUUUGUUGUUAUGUUAUGAUUUUGAAUCCCCUUGUCAUUUGUUUGUUGGCUUUCAAUGAUGGAGUUUCUCACCGGUCUGGGAUCAAAGUUUUUAAAACUUUGUGGGUAGAUCUUAGAACUCAGACCAAAUCAUUUUCUUCCUCUUCAUUUGUUUCGCUCCAACUGGUUUGGCCAAAAGACUAAAAGAAGUAUUUUCCCUAAGUUUUUUUCAUUGGUACCUAUCCUGAUCUGGAUCCAUUAUAAUAUCUAUUCUUGUUGUCUUUUCUACCUGGAAUGUUUGCUCCACAAGUAGACAAAGAAAAAAGAAUAGAAAAACCCUCCAUGAUUAGGAAGCUUUAUACAUUCUCCAUUCCUUUCCUUGAUAAUAUUCUUUUCUUCUGAUGGGGUAGAUUUUGAAAGUGAUUCAUUGAGGUUUUUGCCAUUGAAAUCUCCUUGACCUGCCGGAUAUUAAUGCAUUUUAUAAAUAUUUUUUAAGGUUUAGAAGUCUAUUUGGAUCGACUCCCUAAGAGCUUAGGAAUGUAAAAAAAAAAACGUUAUUAGUGUCAUUGCAAAUAAGUUGGUUGAGAGUUACUUACCUUAUCUAA